AUGGUUUUAGAGGAACAGAUUGUGGCGAAACAGAAAGAAUUGAAUGCUCUCAAAGAAAUAAAUGCUCUCACAGAAUCAAUGCGCUCUCAGUUGGAGGAACUAGCUGUGGAGGUGACCAAUAUGCACCAGAACGCUGAGAGCGUCGCAAAUGUUAUGCAAAAUUGGGAUUCAAUAGUAAGAUCUAUCUCGCAGGCGAGUUUGAGUCUACUGCAAUAUUCUGAAAGGGACUAUGAGGUUGGCGUUUGGAAACAAGAAACAGCAGAGACAAAGGAGCCUGCAACAUCACCUCAGAACUAUUCGGACGCUCCGCUACCGGAGACCUUGGUGCGCAUCAAAAUCAACACAGACGACGAAGGAUCGAACGGGUAA